AUGGCUGGGCAAAAUGACUGUACGCCAAUUGAACCCAUCGAGACCCUCAUCCACCAUGGCAUACCCCCACCACUGCAGACUGGGAAAUCAAAGCCGCCUCAAAACGCCUCCACCCGCAACGUCCUCGACAUCCCCCGAAAAAGCGGCCUCCUCACACCCCGCGAGCUAGAAAUCACCGAGAAUUAUGACGCGACUGAGCUGGUGCGCCUCAUGUGCACCCUCCAAUUGAGCAGCGUAGAUGUUGUCACCGCAUUCCGCAAACGCGCCGCCAUUGCACAGCAGUGCCUGAGCUGCCUCACCGAAAUCAUGUUCGACGAGGCACUCGCUACAGCACGCGAAUGCGACGAGUAUCUGGCACGGCACGGGAGACCGAAGGGAAAUCUACACGGCCUGCCCAUUUCUGUCAAGGACUCCACGACGGAUUCCGCGCUCGUGCAGAUACUACGUGAUGCCGGGGCGGUGUUCUAUGUCAAGACGAAUCUACCGCAAACAAUUAUGACAGCGGAUAGUCAUAAUCAUAUUUUUGGGCGGACGCUGAAUCCCCAUAAUCUGUCGUUCACGGCUGGUGGUUCGUCCGGCGGCGAGGCGGCGCUGGUAGCUAUGAGGGGAAGUGUGUUGGGCGUGGCGACGGAUAUCGCUGGGUCGACGCGCAUCCCGGCUUUGUGCUGUGGUGUGAGUAGUAUCAAGCAAACGGCUUCGAGACUCCCGUUUGCAGGCCAGGUUAUGCCAGGGAAAUUGUUAAGUCCAGGGGCCAUAGCGCCGGUUAUAGGACCGUGUGGGCACAGUAUACGCGACUAUGAGUUGUUCAUGAGAACGCGAUCCGUACAACCCGAGACGCGGAAACUAAGGUUCGGUUUGCUACGAGGGUUUUCUCAAAGACCGCUCCGUCCACCGAUUGCAAGAGCGCUGCAUAGCGUUGCGACAAUGCUCAAGAACCACGGCCAUGAACUUGUCUUGCUCGAUGACAAAGUUCCCAAUCUUUACGACACGGCGGUUCUAUCCUGGAAGUACUUCAUGCUAGACACACAAAAGACAGCCAUGAAGAACAUCAAAGCGUCUGGGGAGCCGCCUAUCCCAUCCCUGGCUAUAACCGGGUUCUCUCAACUAGAAGGCUGGGAGGCUACUCUAGAUAAACUGUUUGACAUGAACGUGGAGCGAGCAACAAUAUCUCGAGCUUGA